UCUCUCUCUCUUCCAUUUAUUUUGCCCCUUUCUCUAGGCUACUCCACAACCUCCUAGCUAACUCAAAUUCAUUUCUUUAUAUCUGUGCGUUUCCACUAUUGUAUAUAAACUCAUCUCCUGCUUUGCUUAAUUUGCCUGUAGUCUUUGAGUUCUCUUGCCUAAAAGUUGAAGGAGCUUUGUGUUUUUAUCUGGAUUAGUCAUGAAAACCAUCAAUAUUUGCAUGAGACUGAACAUUCUUUUUCCCUAUUUCAUACUUGCAGCUACUCUGUUCGCUCAUUCUGAUGCAAGAACAUCAAUGAGACUGGUGAAGGAACCUCCAAAACGUCAAAGCAGUCUGUUUCUCAUGACUGCAGCCAAAUUGAAUUUGGUGAAGCAAUUAGAUUCUUCCAAUGCUGGACCCUAUGGAGUUAGCUCACCGUUCACUUUGCCACCUUAUGAUUCCCUCCCUCCAACACCCUUGCCUGAAAAUGCCCCUCCCUUUUGUUUAUACCCUCCCAACACCCCACAAACCCCCUCCACUGCAAUUCCAGCCCCUGUAGCUAAUAUCCCACCAUCAACUCCAACUGGAUUCAACCCGAAUCCUUCCGGAUCCGUUCCUAGUCCACCACAGCUCCUACCUAGUCCUACUACUUAUAUUCCAAGCCCAUCCGGGUCCACAUUGAGCCCACCAUAUUAUGAGCCCAGCCCACCAGGUUUCAGUCCAAGCCCACCAGGUUUCAACCCAAGCCCACCUUCUCCAUCCUCUUCUAUACCAUCUCCAACAGGGUUUGCCCCUGGACCACCUUCUACUAGUGUUCCAUCUCCAUUUGGUUUUGUUCCAAGCCCUCCAGUGUUUCUACCACCCAUUGUUUACCCUCCACCCACUACUCCACCAAGUCCAAAAAGAGCACCAAGCAUAGCCUUGUGGUGUGUGGCAAAGCCCUCAGUGCCAGACCCAAUCAUUGAAGAGGCUAUGAAUUAUGCAUGCGGGUCUGGUGCAGAUUGUGCUUCCAUUCAGCCACAAGGCAACUGCUUUCAGCCCAACACAUUGUUUGCACAUGCUUCCUAUGCCUUCAACAGUUAUUGGCAAAGAACCAAAGUGGCUGGGGGUACUUGUGAGUUUGGAGGAACUGCCAUGCUUGUCACUGUUGAUCCAAGCUAUGAUGGCUGCCGCUUUGUCUACUAUUGAUGAUGAACACAAAGUGUUGUUAAUUGCAGGAAUAGAUGAAAGCAGUCUUAUUCUCUCUUUUCUAUUUUUUCAAUCUUCUCCAUUUUUAUUUUUAUUUUUAUUGGAAAUAC